AUGGCAAUGGCCCGAGUGCGGUUGGGAGUCCGUCUUGCUGCGCUAGGAGGUAGCGCGACCUUUUUGAACCGGCAGAAGCUCCAUGGGAGUAGCUGUGAAACAGCAGAAGUGACGAGAAUCUCCUACACUUCCACGAUGCGCGGGGACCCGCACGCGGCCCUCACGCAGAUCCGGCAGAUUGUGGAACAGUCGGCGGCAUCCAAUUUAAGUUCCCAAGUCUCCGGCCAUAUGUGCUACGAUACGAAGCUGAAACAAGUAUGGCAGGUGCUUGAAGGUACACCCGAUGCCGUUCGCCAACUCUGGGAGGGUAUUUGUAAGGAUCCACGGCACGUGGUGGACGAGGAUACGGUGAACAUCCAGCAGGUCGACCAUCGAGCAUAUCCGGUGGGCUGGGGCAUGCGGUGCACACGUUUUGAGCCAGGCAUGUCAUCCAAAUGCGAGGGCGACUGCGACAAGACCAACUUGAUGCAGUUGAUGUACAAAUCCGUCAUGAAAGAGGAGGCCGUCCAGUCCAAAGGCGAGAUGGUCAAUGAGAUCGUCCCCCGUGCGGUGGAGAACAACAGCAAGAAUGGAAUCACUGGCUGGAUGCUGUACAAUGACAGGACGCUCGUGGUUUAUCAAGUUUUGGAAGGGCCUCCCGAGAAGGUCGAAAGGCUCUGGGACCAGAUCCGUAAGGAUCGACGGCACUCGGUGCUAGAGGAGACCAUCAGGCGCCGCUGCAUCAAGACCCGUGAGUUUGAGAAUUGGUUCAUGGGCCUUGAUGAAGUGGAACAAACUGCUUGGAUGGCGCAAGCUUACUAG